GCUGAAUUAAUGUAAAACAAAUUCAAUGCAUUAAGAAAAUAUGCGCUAAAGGAAUUAAGUAAAGGUGACUCGUUACUUGUUUUUCGCAUCUUUCCCAACUUUUUGAAUCCCAAAAUCCGAAGGAAAAAAGCUACGAUCGUUCUUUUUCCGUGAAAUUUCAAAACCAUGGCUCCAACAGCAAAAGCGGUUGCUAAGGACAAAAAACUACCAGCUGUUCCAGAAUCAAAAUUGAAAGAUGGAAAACGUCGUUUAGCUACUCGAGGAAAAUUGAUUCUUCGUAAGCGCAUUAUUAAAUCGAAAGUGGCUUUACGUCGUCGACAGAAUCUUGAUCGUGCUGAAAGAUAUACACGUACAUACCUUAAAUUGCAAAAGGAUGUCAUUGAAAAGGCAAGAGAAGCUAAGAAAGCUGGAAAUAUUUACAUCCCUGCCUACCCAAAAGUAGCUUUUGUCGUCCGUAUUCGUGGUAUCAACAAAGUGGCCCCAAAAGUCAAGAAAGUUCUCCGAUUACUUCGCUUGCGUCAAAUUGGCAAUGCUUCAUUCGUUAAGUUAAACAAGGCUUCACUCAAUAUGUUGCGUAUUGCUCAGCCUUACAUUACAUACGGAUAUCCAACACUCAAAACUGUCCGCGACUUGAUCUACAAAAGAGGAUUUGUUAAGCAUGCAGGAAAACGCAUUCCAAUCACCGACAAUUUUGUAAUUGAACGUAAAUUGAAGAAGGGAUACAACGUCCAGUGUGUUGAAGACAUGGUAUAUCAAAUCUACACUUGUGGUCGAGUCUUUAAGCAAGUAAACAACUUCCUCUGGCCAUUCAAGCUUAACACACCAACGGGUGGAUGGCGCAAGAAGAACAAUCACUUUGUUGAAGGCGGAGAUUUCGGUAAUCGUGAAGACAAGAUUAAUGAACUUGUCCAAAGAAUGAUUUAAAACUAAUUUUCCAUCAGAUUUCAAUUUUGUUCUAAAGCAUAAGAUCCACAUAUUUCACAAUGUGUUUUGUGUACAAGUGAUACACAUAAGAUUAUGAAUAAAUACGAAAAACAAAGAGUGAAGUAUUUU